UCCUCAUCUUGUUGCAAAAAAAUUAAGCAAAUGAAAUUUUUAAAUUAUGUCUCUAAGAUUAAGCGAAUUUCUUUGCCGGGUUUGCCUUCAACAAAACGAGCUGCUGGUGGACAUUUAUGAGCAUGUGGAAGAGCUGCAAGUGGACUUGUGCUCGUUGCUGGAGAGUUGUGGCAACAUAAUAGUGGACCCGUCCGACGCAUAUCCGAAAUAUUUGUGCCAGGAAUGCACCAAGGAGCUGCUCAUUACGGCCAAAUUUCGCAAAAAGUGCUCCGAGACACAGAUUCGUCUGCAAGAAGAUGCAGCACAAACUAAGCUGAUGGUCGAGGAGCAAGAUUUUCUGGCGGAUGAAGAAAAUCUGGCGGAGGAGGAAGUUUGUCUGCAGGAGGAAGAAUACAUGACAGAGGAAAUCAUAGUAUGCGAUCCCAGCGACUAUGCGGAACAGAUGCCAAAUGACGAGCAGGAAGAGGCGACUGAAGAGGAUGCUGAUCAGGUAUCACUCAUCUCUGCCAGAUACAACUGCGACAAUUGUGGUGCUGUCUUCCAGCAGCGGCAGUCCCUACGCAAGCAUCUGGAGAACUUUCACGCUCUUAUAACCAUCUACGACUGCAAAAAGUGUGGGCAGUUCUUCACUGAUUUUGGCACUUACAAAGGCCACAGCUGCAGCGAUCGCUCCACGGAAUCGGUUGAUCAAAGCGGUCGGCAUAGAUGCAUCCACUGCGGCAAGUGUAUGCAGUCGGCCAACAGUCUGACCGAACACCUUCGGGUGCACAGCGGCGAACGACCUUUUGUUUGCUCAAAUUGCCCAAAGGCCUUUACAACAAAUGGAGCACUGGUCACGCACCAGAAGCGACACUUCAAAGUGAUUCAGCACCACUGCAACUACUGUGGCCAGGGAUUCGUGGAGUCCAGCAAUCUCAAGCGCCACAUUACGUCCAAGCACACAAAGGAAAAGCCGCACACCUGCACCGUCUGCCAGCGCAAGUUCUCCAGGGUCUACCUGCUGGAGCUACACAGUCGCACUCAUACGGGUGAACGGCCCUAUAAGUGCAAGCAUUGCCAGCGUAGUUUUGGCCAGUUGGGCGUGCUGCGCAGCCACGAGAGAAUACACUCGAAUGAGCGCCUUCAUCGCUGUCAGUUCUGCCCAAAAACCUUUGGUCGUGCGGCUCAGCUUAGAAAUCAUCUGAUGCGACACGAAGAGGAGGCUGAUAGCGUGCAAGUUCAGUGAUGGAUUUAAAUUUGUUAACAUUUGAAAAAUGUUUGGAAAAUCUUGUUCCUGAGACCAGCAGGCUGGCACUCGCCUCAAGGCUGUGAAAUCAUGGUGAGGAAUACCACAAAAUCGAACGCGUAGAGCUUAAGUAUCUUCCUGCUGCACAACUGGAAAACUGGACCACCACCUAGCUGUAACUAGUUAAGAAUUAAUUGAGACUGCUUUGAGUUAGUUUUUAAAUUGUUUAUUUGCAUGCAGGUAAGAUUUAGUAAUGUUUCAUUCUUGUAAUUGGUUUACAUUUCCUUUGAUUCUGUAAUUAUCCUACAAGUUACAACAAAUUACGUAGUUAUAUGCUUUGCUUUGCUAAAUAUAUAUGUAUAUGUUGUAUGUAUAUAUCCAUAUAUAAUGUAUAGAUGUGUAUAAUCGGGUCUGAUUGAUGAAAUUACAAAUGCAAGAGACAAACUUGAGUGCUCGCAUUAGGCUGA